UUCAAAUAUGGAAAUACGGUCCUCUGUGUUCUUGCCCAAUCUCUCUCUCGCUCUCUCGCAUUUUUAUGUUUUGCCCAUCGGCGUUAUAGAAUCAUGAUAUACGUCGGCGGAGUUCCAUUUUCGGCCGAUGAUGCAGAAUCUUCGUCUCAGGGAAGUACCAUGUUGGUUGCUUUAAUGGAGCAUCCAGUUCUGGUGUCUGCAUCAAGUUCAGUUAAAGCUAUCCCCACAUGGAAGUUUACAAUUCCUGAAGAAUCUGGUUCAGAAAAAUCAAGACAAAGUAAAUGUGUUUAUGUAUUCCAAAGAGAAUAUGCUACCGUUGACCCUGCAUAUGUAGAUUUUGUUGGAACUGAUGAAGCAACUACCUGUGUGGGUCUUUCCAUUCGGAACCGAACAAGUGGAAUGACUUCUGUUUCCCACAUGGAUUCACCAAAUGUCGUUGAUAUUGGCCUCACCCAGAUGUUAAAUUCAGUUUUCAAUGAAAAUUCUGAUGCUGAGUUGGAUGUGCAUCUAGUUGGUGGUUUUCAGGAUGUGUCACCUCAACAAGCUGGUGGUGGUUCUAGAUGCAAGGGAAAACUGAAAGGCUAUUCAUUUCCUUUGUGUGCCAAGAUAGUUGAAACUCUGCAAAGUAGAGGAGAAAGAUUUCUCCUUCAAACCCUUCAUGUCCUUGGGCACAAUACCAGAUGGGACUCUGCAGGAAAUGCAUGCCCCAUUUUCAAUGGAUUCCUGGUAGAAACUUCUACUGGAUCAAUCUUUCCUGCCAGCUUUGACAAGACUUCAAGAUGCCCAGAUGAAAUAGUUAGGAGAACCCGGCUAGCUGCAUGUUUUGAGGACACCAAUUUGAGUGGCAGGUUACUGGAGGUGUAUGACACUCAAACUGACCGGUUCAUAAUUGCUCCAUUUUUUUGGACCGAACACCUAUUAUAUAUUGCUUCAACUGGGGAGAAAUUAUCAGAUUCAGAAAUUCUUCUUUCAUGUUCUACUUCACCUUUUGCAGAGGGCCCAGAUUUUGUGGAUAAUGAGAGAAGGUUGUGGGGUUUUUUGAUUGAAAAUCCAGAUUGGAGAGACAUGUUUCCGAUGGAGCAACCGCGUGUAUUUGAGAGAGCUGAGAGUGGAUUUUGGAUAAGGCAGUGAGUACAAUUAUCUCCAGAUUAAACUCUAGCUGUCUUCUGUAAUUGUCCAUUUGAGAAGUAAUUCUUCCCCAUGUCAAUGGCAUACUCGCUAGAUACUUGGGUGUGUUUGAUUGCAAAUAUGAACUUUGUAUUGGAAAAAAAUAUUUUGAACUUUGUAUUGGAAAAAAAUAUUUUCUAAACAAUUGAAUUGUCUAGAACUAAAUUUCAGGAAAAAUAUUAAUUGAAAGUGUUUGAUUGUCUUAA